AACGGCCCAAGGGUUCCUUGCAGCCUCUGGAUACUCGAGUGGAUUAUUAUUGAGCUUUCUUUCAAAUCGCGAUCUAACCCCCCCACACCCGUGCUUCUGCUGUGCCGUAUAUGUCUCAGAUGCACUACACCCGGGUGUACGAGUACGGUACUGAGCCGUGAUCCGGCUGGUGCUAUCUUGCAUCUCGUGCAGAGUACGGUAAUCGUCAGUCCAGUCUUCCAUGAUAUCUCGUAUGGUGCAAGCACUGCUGCCAUCAUUCUCGACUCCAGAUCUCCACCGCCGGCAUUGCACGAGUAGGUGUUUAUCCACAACCCCCGAUAGGAGUAAUUGGAACUCAUAAAGUAGCUUAGGGUAGGAGAAUUUGUUCACUUCCCCUUCCCGCCUCGGGCUAUACUCGAGUACCGGUACACUUUCUCUUGUCCUCCCUUUCCGCAUACCGGUAGCGGUGCCGAUAGACACUCGCUUUACCCCAACUAGCAGGCUAGGUGAGGCGGCAGGAGCAACAGCGGCAACUGAGCAGAAGCAAGCGGGAUCCACGACCGAGAACACCCAGUGCGGACAUCGAGGUAGAGAUGACAAUGAACAGCGAUUGAAUUACGGCUUACCACUGUGCUUGGGUUAUUACGCGUAUCGGUGCUACUCGUGUCUGUGGUUGAUAACUUGCUCGUAUCAUACAUAUUUUCUCUCUGUCGUUGUCGUCCCUGUGUCAUCGCUCUCCUCCGCUCGCAGCGCUCAUACUGGUUGUCUUGUCGACCCUUCCUCAUCCCAUCUCCCCAUCUCCAUCUCUACUCCCUCACCCACUGCCACCUUUUCUUUUCUUUUCCUUCAUUCUGUUACUCGAGUGCCGGUUCUGUGUUCGUGCUUGCCCCUCAAUCAAG